GCUCAGUAAGAACACACUUCCUGGAACGGAAAGAGGGAGACGCUGUGAGAGGCUCCUCAGUGUGGGCGAGUAAAAUGUGCUGCAUGUGAGAAGCAGGUAGGUGUGGUCAAGGAUGUUCUGAUUUCUGGGUCUUUUGCAUAAGUAGUUGAGGAUUUUAUGUAAAAUAACUAAAUGGAGGGGUUUCAGGGACGUGAAAAAAUGCGAACCACAGUAGCGGAAGUGAGAAUUAAUUGAGUGAGGAGUUACUUGAUUAAGCUUUUAAACAUUAUUUUUUUACACAGGAGUUUGGAAAUUGUCGAGUUGUCUUACCGGAGCAGCCUAGGGCUGGGAACUUGGCUGGCGGGGGUUUACUGUGUGAAGCUGCAAGUUGCUAUUUUUGAAUAACCAUCUGACGCUGGUUGUGUAAUGAUGACCUACUCCCGGUUCAAACCCACUCAGUGUUGCAGGGAUGGGCUUGCUCAGAGAGCAUUAAGUCGCUGUUGCGGUUUCUUUCCAUUGGGUCUAAUCAGGAGUGCUUUUUUUUUUUUCCUUUUUUGUCAGCUCUAGUGUUCCUAAGGACACAGCUCAAAGGAAGAGGAGGGGUGAGGAGGGGAUAUACCGGUUGCCUUGGAAGCUUGGUUUGGUUUUUUUCUUCUGAAGCUUAAAGCUCUGUUACAGGCCUUAAAGGAGCCGGUCAGGACGUUACAGAAAGGCCAGAUUUGGUAACCCCACUUAAGAUGAUUGCCCAGGGAUCCUAUUGUGUGUUAGUAAUUGUAAAACGAUUUUCUCUGAUUUUGGAGUGAGUAGUUUUGCUUGUUACCAGCUCAAGAAACGCAUAUUUGGAAAACAAAACUCAAAAAACUUAAUUGAAAUAUCUUCUGUGCACUGUUUUGGGCAACACUGGUGUAAUGACCAUAAUAAGACUAGUGCUAAUUGCCUUAAACCAGGAAGCUUUCCAGCAUUUACAAGUCUUAUUCUCAUUCCACCUGUUUGGAAGAGGAAGUGGCUUGUGCUUGAAAAAGAUAAACGGAAACAUUUUAAAAUGGCAGGCUGAACCACUGGUGAAAAUAUUAACUCAGGAAAACAUUCUAGUUCUAAAUAUCAGGAUGCACAGCACAGAUCAGUUUUGCCUGGUUUGUUGUCAGUAUCCUUAUUAAAAAGGAGCCCUGGUGGAGCAAUGCUUAAGCGCUGGGCUGCUAACCAAAGGUUGCCAAAAAGGUUGGCAGUUUGAACCCAUCUGGCCACUCUCCAGGAGAAAAGACCUGUUGAUUUGCUCCCAUAAAAAUUACAGUCUAGGAAAUCCUAUAGGGCAGCUCUACUGUGUUACUUUGGGUUGCUAUGAGUAGAAAAUUGACUGUACAGCACCUAACAACAACAACAUCCUUGUAAAAAGUAGAAAAGAAACAUAAUUUCUUGUGCUUCAAAGACAACUGCACAGUGUUUCCUGAGCCCUCCCUCUUCUUGCACUAUAAUUAUGAAAAGGAUCUAAAAAAUUCAUUAAAUGUUGAUAAUUUAUUUCCAAGACAGUAAAGUGAUUUUUAUCCUUAUUUCUCCUAUUUUCUCAAAUCACAGUGAGAGUUAAUCUUUUCUUCUGUAUCUGACAUAUAAAUAAUGCAUGAAUUUAAGAAUAAACUUCCUUUUUUAAGCUUAUGACCUAUAUUUUUUGGCAUAACAUUUUAUUGGUUUUGGAUGAUUGCUAAUUUCUUUUAAUUCCAUGUGAAUUCAAAUUGAGUUUCUAGAGAAACUAUAUUAAUUUUUCCUAUUUCUUUAGACCCACAGAGUCUCUACUUUGCAUUCAGAUGUGCAUAUAUUCCUUCUAAGUUGAUUAAAGUUAUUUAGAUUAUCAUAUAUCUCAAAGGGUAAGUACAUCUUUUGACUAUAUCUUAUUUCCCUUCUUUCUGCCACCAUAUAUCAUCCAGUAAUGACAUGUUUUUCCUCUUGGCCAAAAAAGUAAAGGUAUAGGACAGCUUUUCCUUGUGAGUACAAUGAUUGAUGACUUAAAAACCCAAAUUGUAGGUAGAGGAGACUUCUAGUGUUACCAUCCAGAAUUAACUUAGCUGCUAUUAGACAUGCAUUCUCGUAUAGCUGUUCCUCAGAAUUGUCCUUGAUGACAUACCUAGCCAUUCCUAAAGCUCUUAACCACUAUUCCUGAUCCACACUUAUUUGAACUCUAAUUCAAAACCACAGAAGCGAUACCUUUUUGAAAAUAUUUUUAUUUAAAAUGAUAACUCUCAUAGCCUUUAAUUGUGUACCAAAUUUUAUCCAUCUGAAAUUUUAUUCUCUGAAAGUCACUGUGGAACAGAUAGUGAAAUGACAAAUGUAAAGUGGUUGGUCAUUCGAUUUGGUCAGUAACUACUCCAAAGACAGUGUUCUGUCAUUACUGUUAUAUGACUGUAAUUAUCUGUGGUUGUUUACUCACAGUCAAGAAGAAAAGCAUGUUCCUAGCUAAAGGAAGUAAAUAAGUCUACUUACUAACUUAUUACAGAAGCUUAUAUUUCUGACCACAUUCUGGUUUACAAAAGGCCUUAUUAUUCAUGAUCUUACAGAUACCUCGUGGGUCAUUUUACAUAUGAGAAUUUUGAGGUUCAGAGGAGAUAGGUGACUUGCUCAGUUUGUAAUUGGUAGGUAAUGACUGGCAUUUGGGCCUUUGUCCUCCUGGGCCACAAUACCAAGCUGUCUCCCAGAUGAAAACAGCAAGCCUGCACAUCUGUACAUAUGUUCCAGCUCUAAGCUGUCACCCAGGUAGUGUUUAUGAGAGAUCAUCAGAUUUGUUAAAAUGUGUUCCAUGAUCCCUAAUACAGGUUUUUCAUAAUGGCAAAAAAAAGUGUUAUUUUUUCCCACUGAUAUUUAAAAAUGAAAAUGUAAAUAUGAAUAUAAUGAACUGACUAACUUUGAUAAAUAAGGUUUAAUUUGAUAUAUUAAAAAAAAAUAUUAACCAUUAUUAAUUAAAAUUUUUUUUUUUUUUUUAUUAAUAAAGAGGAGUGUAUCCAAUAUAUAAUGUUCCUAUUAAAUUGAAAUCGAUUGACUUCCUAACCAGCAUUGAAGUUCAGCCAGGGUUGCCAAAUGUAGAUACGUAUUUCUAGAAGCAUAAUCCGUGUGUAAGUGCCUGGGAAUAGCCUCGUCUUCCCUAAUUUGGUGUUUCUGUGGGAAGAAAAUGAACUUUGUUUUAAAAAAUGGGAGAGACAUUUGGCCAACAAGGAGCAGAACACAGGGGUCUAGAAGAACACAGGAUGGGAUGAGUUGUCCUGAAUAAACUGAAUGCAUCUGAUACUGGAGCAAUUUGUAACUUUCUAUAUCCUGACGAGACUCAUAUGGACCCUUCAUUUGUUUCUUCAUUCAUUCAUAUAAUUCAUUCAGCAAGUAAUUGGGUGCCUUCUGUGUGCCAAUAUUGAACACAGCAAACAAAACAGAACGAUCUCUGUCCUUCAGGAAUUCACAGUCUGGUGGAAAAGAUAAAUAUUGCACAAGGGAUUAUAAGCAAGAUCACUGUCACCAAAGGUAGCAGUGCAACUAACAAGUGUAAAGGUGCAACCAGAGCAUAAAACCAGGGGCAGAGGAAGAGGUUUAGGGCUGGCCCCCUGGAAAGGAUUGUUUAAGCUGAAAUUAGAUAGAUGAGUAGGUACUAGCCAAGCAAAGAAUGGGAUGAGAUUAAGAAAGCUCUAAGUCAGAAUCGACUCAGUGGCAGUGGGCGUGGUCGGAUUUGGAAGAAGGAAGAAAAUAGCAUGAGGGAAAGCCCUUAAUCAAAUAAGAAAGUGGCGCAUUUGGGGAGUUAAAAGCAAGAUGGCUAUGUAGACUAGAUGGUGUAAGCUAUGGGAAGGAUUUCAGACUUUAGAGAUAAUUAUAAGGGCAGUGGGAAGCCAUUGAUUGGGAAGAAGUGGAGUGACAUGAUUAAGUUUGCAUUUGAAAAAAUCAUUCUGAACUCUCUUUUUACUCUCUCGGUAUGAACAAAUCCUAACCGGGAAGUCAACAUUAUCUCCCAGCUUUUAAUCAAUAAAUAUAUUCCUCUCCUGCCUAUUCCUAUAAAAACUUAUUUUAUCCCUCCAGUGGGUUAUACGGAAACCCCAGUGGUGUAGUGGCUACGUGCUAUGGCUGCUAGCCAAAAGGUCGGCAGUUUGAAUACACCAGGUGCUCCUUAGAAAACCCGGGGGGCAUAGUCCUGUAGGGUCACUAUGAGUUGGAAUCAACUCGAAGGCAGUGGGUUUGGUUUUGGUUUUAUGGUUAUAUGACUUAAAAAAUCAUAGGCAUGUCGAAUCAAGAGCAGGCCAUAAGAAGUAAAGUAGCCAAAGGAAGUUACAAGGAGCUAGGACGUUAAUUCCAUCACCAAUGUUGAAUUUUAGUAAAAGAUCAAGGUUAAUAGUAUUUUCCCUCUGAAAAAAAUGCUGUAGUAUCUUACUGAUCCCAUGUAGACAGGACUUCAGUCAGUCCCUGUAUUUGACCCAAGAACGCUUCAGGAAAAGCAGAUUCGGAGGCCGAUGGAAUACUUGUACUGAUCUUGAUGUGGGAUAGAUGUAAACACACUUAAUACUCAAAUAAAUAUUGGCCUAUCUUUAAUAUUAAUCAGUUCAUUAAUAUUGUUUGAUAGCCUGUAGGCUAAGUAUUAUAGGAAUUUGUUAGUAAUGAAGUUUUUCUUUCUAACCUGGUUUCUUGUACCUUUUGCAUCAUUGGAAUCAGUGGCACAGGCAUGCUUGAUUGGAGAAAUCUCAGUGAAGGUGGUACUCCAAGUAUUUGUUCCCUCCCUCUGAAAGCACGGAUUGUGAUUGAGUUAGGACUCUUUGUGGGUUAUCUGAAGGAGUUCUGAAGCUUUGAAAGAAACGGGGAGCCUUUUUCUCAUGCCUUUACAACUUUGAUCAAAUCAUCAUUCUCCUUUGUUGCUCAGUCUCAACCUAACCCUGAACAAUACAUGUGUAUGAACAGGUGCCUCAUUGGUUCACUUAAUACCUAACAAUAAUCAUUUGAUGUGUAGUAAUCAUACAACUGAUGUACCACCAUCAUUUUUAGUUUGUAUGAAACACUAAUAUGAGAUUUCUAACAUUAUUUCCCUUAGUAUGACUGUUAACAGAUUGGGGAGCAGUAUGUGUAUCUUGGUGAUCUCGCUGCCCCUCCAGGGUCUAACAGAAGGUCUCACAUGUUUUAUUACUUGAAGUAAACAUCUCUUGAAAUAAUGGAUGCUUUGUAAUAACCACUUCCUUGUCUGUAUGACCAGUGGCCCACCCUUGUGAGUUAUUGUGGUCUUGGGACAGGGCCCAGUAGUCAUUUAUUCAAUAGAUGUUUCUAAUGUCGGACACUAUGCAAGUUGCUCACAGGUAGUGAGGUUGACACAGGUAGAUGAGCAAAAACCAAGAAGGAGCUGAAUUCUUGAGCUUGGCAUUGUUAGUAGCCUUUCCCAGUGUAAACAUCCUUGUACCUGUACCAGAGUUUCCAUUGCUGGGCCAAAGUGUUUGGUUGCUAAAUUAAGCAAGACUGUCUUUUCCUAAGUUGCAAGAAAAAAACUAGGAUAGGACAAUAAUUUCUUUGUUUAAAGAGUUUUUCAUCCAUAAAAUGUUUUUAAACCUUUUCUUCAACUAUUGCUACUUCCGGUAAUACCUAUAGAAGAUAAUAGGAUAAACAAGCAGUAAGCUAAUACUAUUGGAGAAACUUAGAACUAACCAUGCUUAACUUAACUUUUUUUUAAGUGGUCACUUGUGCUUAAACUCUGAUUUUUAUAUUGUACACUUAAAACAGAGCUGUAUAUUUUCUGCUAGUAAAAUUAUUCCUAGUGCUUAUAGUUGGAUUAAAUAUACCAUGUAAUAUUGUUUUCUAAAGGACAUCAUGCCCUGCCCUCCAAAUGCGUUAGAAAAUCACAUCCUGACACAGUCUCCUAGAGCCUUUUUGUCAUGGUCUUUUUCUCUGACCCUUGAACUCCUGGGAGCGCUACUCUACCAUCUGAAUAGAUAAUAUUUGACUCUGCAAAGGAUGACAGAUUCCCUAAACACCAAUGUACUGUAUCCAGAAAUAAAAAUAUUCUCAACCUGACCCCUCUGUGCUCUGGGCAAAAAAAGUAAAUGUACUACCUCAUGUUCUUCUGCCUUGUAGGAGGCAGGAUGGAAGACAGAAAAAAAGAGUGUUGUUUUGUGAGUGAAUUUCCCUUGAAGAAAUUAAAGCUGAGUAAGAUAUUGGUUUUUAUAAUUUUUCAUAUAUAGAAAACACAACCAUUUAAUUUGGCAUGAAAGACAAACCUAGGCACAGCUUUUUUUUCCUCCUCAUAAUACCGUUAGUAGAGAUACCAUCUUCACUUAAAAAAUCUGUUCAUUCAUCUUAUAAGCAGCAAUAAUACAAUAACCAACAAGUGCUAUAGAUUUCCCUAAAAUGUACUGAAGCAACCUUGAAUCGGCCAGGAAGUAGCUGAGUAGAAUAAUUUCAGGAACCUUUGUUGUUCCCAUCUUUUCACAGACUCAUUGGAGAUGAGCCCGUUUACGUUUUAUAAUUUUUCCAGCACACACAGUAUUCUGGAAUGAGAUCAGUUUUGCUUUUUCUUACUUAACUAUCAUUCAACAGAUGUUCAUUGAAGUCCAGUGUGCCAAGCACUGGGCUGGUCACUGAAUGCUAAGAAAGUAGUUAAUCCUUGCAUAGCACUUAGUAUGUGCCAGAAGUAUUUUGAAUACUUUACAUUAAUUCAUUGAAUUCUUAGAACAACUCUGUGAGAUAGGUGCUGUUAUUUUCUUAUCCUACAGGUGAGGAAAAUCAGUCACAGAGAGUUUGCAUAGCUGGCUGAGGGUCACUCAGCUAGUAAGUGAGAAAGUGAGGAUUGGAACCCAAGCCAUUUGGCUCAGUCUGCUGUCCUCUAGUGCUUCUUGCCCCCUACCUUUGUCUUUUAUGAGCCAUCUUCACUUGUGCGUGCUAGUCUCAUUUUACAUUUGCAUGAGCGUUUGAAUUUUUGUUGUUUGUGGCUAGCUGAUGAUUGAUAAGUACUCUGACUCCUGCUAUAUAUUUGAGUGCCUGAUACAUAGAAGAACUUAUGUGUGUGUUGAGUGAAUGAUUAUUGACAACCAAGAGAAUUUUAGAUGUCAUGUUAAGAGAAUUUGAACUUAUUUUGAUUAUUCCUCCGAUAAGAUGUGCAGAAUAAAAAGCUAAAGGCUUUGUUGCUACAUGACCCAGUCAGUGAUAGCACCGAGGCUCUGAGGUGACACUCACAUGUAUUUAUGUACAUUUAUAUUGGGCAUCGAGAGGAAACAAGGGACACAAUGCCCUCUUGGCAUUGAUAUUACAUCACGAGUUCUGUUAAUAGGUAACAUGCCUCCCUGCUGUGCUUUCCGGUUGUCCCCUCAUGAUUUGUCCUCUUGUGUGUUACCCCCAGUCUGACUGACCGUACUGCACACGCUUGCCGGCCAUGGGCUGUCGGGAUGUUCAUGCAGCCACAGUCCUCUCCUUCCUGUGUGGAAUCGCCUCUGUGGCAGGCCUCUUUGCGGGGACUCUGCUUCCCAACUGGAGAAAAUUAAGACUGAUCACGUUCAACAGAAAUGAGAAGAACCUGACCGUUUACACAGGCCUGUGGGUGAAAUGUGCCCGUUACGACGGGAGCAGUGACUGCCUGAUGUACGACACUACUUGGUACUCAUCUGUUGACCAGCUGGACCUGCGGGUCCUCCAGUUUGCCCUGCCACUCAGCAUCCUGAUCGCAAUGGGUGCCCUGCUGCUCUGCCUGAUUGGAAUGUGUAACACAGCCUUCAGGUCCUCGGUGCCCAACAUCAAACUGGCCAAGUGUCUAGUCAAUAGUGCAGGCUGUCACCUGGUGUCUGGGCUGCUGUUUUUCCUGGCAGGUACUGUAUGCCUCUCCCCAUCCAUUUGGGUUAUCUUUUAUAACACACAUCUGAACAAAAAGUUCGAGCCAGUCUUUGCGUUUGACUAUGCAGUGUAUGUCACUAUUGCUAGUGCCGGGGGCCUAUUUAUGACUGCCUUUCUACUGUUUAUUUGGUACUGUGCAUGCAAAUCUUUGCCUUCUCCUUUCUGGCAACCACUGUAUUCCCAUCCUUCCAGUAUGCAUACUUACUCACAGCCCUAUUCAGCACGCUCCCGCCUCUCAGCCAUUGAAAUUGACAUUCCAGUAGUUUCACAUACCACCUAAUGGGAAAAGAGCUAAUUGUUAAAGAAAACUCUUUUUGUAGCCUCACAUGCCCCUUGUGUACCACCCACCGCAAGGAGCUUUUUUUGACCUAUGUACAUUUUCUUUUGUUCCUGACCAGUCAAUGAAGCCAAAUUUGUAUGUCUUGAUAGAAUGAAGUGCUGCUAGUUUUUAUGAAAAGAACAUUAUUGUAAGUGUGAAUCAUUCCUUUUCUCUUGCUUCUUACACUGGAAGGAUUUUUAAUCUCUGUAUUGAUAUUUGAUCAAUUAUUUAAGUGAAAAAGAUCUGGGUUUCAAUUGAGGUGAUUUAGAAUAACAUGGUAAAGUAAAAAUGGCCAGGAGAAACUAUUGUAUGCAAUCCUUAUGAACAUUUCAGAGUAUGUAGUGUUCUUUUUCUGUGCCUAAAACUGGGAGAUGGGAGGGGGAAGCAAUUUCAAAUACAAGAUACUUCUUUUAGGUAAGGGUUAUAUUUUAACAGUAGUCAGUCUGACAGUUUUUGUUUUACUGCUUUUGUGGGACUAAUUACAUUGAAUAGGCUUAGGUAUUUUGAAUAUUACUUUCUUUUGUGAGUUCCUUAUCUUCUACCUCAUGUCAGUGUUUAAAGUGCAUUUGAAGUGCUAUUAGAAUGAGCCUAACAUUUCCAAUAUCUAUUGGUUAUGGAUAAUAUUUAACAUAAUUAAAAAAUUGCUGAUUCUAUACAUUUUUUUAUUGGACUUAAAAUGUGCCAUGUGAUGGGUUGGUGCCUCCUCUGAAGCAGAAAAAAACUUUCUUCCAGGUACAGUCCACAAAGUGGUAUUCGUGUCCAUAUGUAAUUUCUUAGUAGGUAAGACAAAGAAAGGGGCCCUCAUGGUUUGUUCUCUUAUAGACAUAGUGGUAGGAAAGAACAGAGUCUGUUCUUCAGUGACGAUGACAUCAGAGAUGCACACUGGUGACUGCUUCUUGAGUGAUGGGUGAAGUAACCUAUGACUGUACCAUGACCACAUUCACACUUGAUUCAAUUCCUGCCACUGCUACUGAUUAUUUCCUCAAGCAUAUAUCUGUGCCCAGUACUUCUGUAGGUGUUAUAGAGGAUCCAAAGAGCCUAGUGGCACACUGGUUAAGCACUUCGCUGCUAACUGAAAGAUCAGUGGUUUGAACCCACCAGCAUCUACGUGGGAGAAAAGAUCUGGUGAUCUCCUGUAAAGAUUACUGCCUAGGAAACCCUAUGGGGCAGUUCUGCUCUGUCCUAUAUGGUUGCUAUGAGUUGGAAUUGAUUUGAUGGCACAGACCAGCAACAUAGAGAAUCCAUGAAAACUGUGAGAUCUGGUCCCAUCCACUAAGAAACUUUAAUAUAGAAGAUCAAACUGUUAUCUGACAAUUAGGAAACAGUCUGACUUCACCGGACAGCUAGCCUUAACUUCUCAAUCCUCGAUGCAGUAAUACAUUUCAACCAGAGACAUGGCUUUCUGGCAGGCAGGUUUAUCACGUACCACCAGCAACAUCCUAGACCCUAGAAAUUCAGUUUACUUCAAUUCAUUGAAUCCUUAGAACACCUACCUUAGCCUAGAUUCUGUAAUAACACUAUUAGAUCCAUAAGAAUGGGCAAAAGUGAGAGAGAAAUUCUAUGGUUCCCUUAUCCACCUCUGAAAAUACGGUUUAUUGAGGAGCGAGAAGUUUUUAAAAUCUUCUAAUGGGAUAACAAUAAGACGAAACCAUGUUAACACUACAGUGAAAGUUUAGAAAUUCAGGGAUACUGGGUCUUUACCUUUAUGAAUUGGAGGUGUUUAUUGGUGUGACUUACUACCUAUUAGUGUUACGUUUCAUAAGGAUUUUGUUCUUUUAACCAUUACAGAUUUUACAAAAAGCUAGUUGCAUGGUAAACAGAUUAUUAUGCCUCUUUUGCACAUCUGAGUAUGACUCUAGUACUUGUGGAUAUAUGUAGUGAGCUUUUUUUUUUAAACUCCAACUUUAUGUACAUAGCAAAUAAGUCCAGUUGUAUAAUUUUUAAGUAUCAAAUUAGAUACUAGUAGAAAGCAUGCGAAGUUAUAUAUUUUUUUUUUUUUUAGUUACAGCUUCUGAUUCCUUCUAAUUCUUCUCAGGUGUAGCUGAAUCUUGAUCAUUCCGAAACAAUGGCAGGUGGAAUUUUGAGAUGAAUAUUAAUUUUCCCCCUUUGCUAAUUUUCAGUCCUCUGUCUCUGAGCUUUUGUCCAGAUGUGUCAGGAAUUCCACCACCCCAUUGUUAAUUGUAUAAACAAGCUAAAAAUAGAUCUAGCCAUUAACUAGACAGUUUUUGUCCAUGGGAUUAUAAAUAUAAACAUUAAGUUUUUCCUACAAAAAUCCUUUGGCUUCAGAAUCUGUAGCCUCAAACUAGUAUUUAUUAUGAAUUCACUGGGCAAAGGAAACAGCUGUUUUCCUUUGUCUUUUUUAAUAUUUCAGAGUUGCUAUCAAUAGCUGUUCUUCACAGCCAUCAAAGGAAAGCAAGUAUUUGCAAUUCUUUUUAGGCACUUUGGAGCACUCAUCAGGGGGAACAUCUUUGUCAUUAAAUGCCUGUUAACGUUAAAGGCCUUUUAUAGAAGCCAGCUUGGAAAACAACCUUAAAUGUGAUACGAUGCAGCAGAUUUGGCUUAUCCAGCCAUGGGAGAAAAAAAAAAAAAAAAAAAAAACCCGAUUUUACUUUGGUUUUAAA